AAAUAUUACAUAAUGACUGCAUGCUGGUGUCACCGAGUCACUCCCGGCGGUGCCGAGCGUCUCGUUCCAUCUGCGGUUCGGAAACCGUUUCGUGGAAUCGCUAUUUCACCGCCUCUGAUUAAGCAACGACAAGGGAUCGAUCUGAGAUCGGAAAGAUGGAAUAGGCAGAGAUUAUGGAUUGUGAAAUCGAUCGGAUCAGAAAGCUUGAGCGAGGGGAAUUGCAGUCCGUGCUUGAAUGGCGUGGCUGAGAACAACGAGUCGGUGAAGCAUAGCAGCAUCGUCGAAAAGAAGGAGGUGGAUGGUCGGCGGCAAGCAGAUCGUGAUCGGACGGUGGAGGUGGUGGUGGCAGCGACGGCGACGGUGGUUAUGGGAGUAGGAAAUAGGGUUCUAUACAAGCUUGCUCUCGUCCCUCUCAAGCACUACCCUUUCUUCCUCGCUCAGUUCGCCACUUUCGGAUAUGUGCUGGUCUACUUUUCUAUAUUGUAUGCCCGCUAUCAUGCUGGCAUUGUAACUGAUGAGAUGCUUUCCUUGCCAAAAACUCCAUUUCUACUUGUUGGUCUGUUGGAGGCUCUUGCUGCGGCUUGUGGAAUGGCAGCUGGAGCCAUGCUUUCUGGGGCAUCCAUUCCAAUAUUGUCUCAGACCUUUCUUGUGUGGCAGCUUCUCUUGUCAGCUAUUUUCCUUGGGAGAAGAUAUAGGUUCAAUCAAAUUCUUGGAUGCUUUCUUGUCUCUGUUGGUGUUAUAAUAACUGUUGCAAGUGGAUCUGGUGGUGGUCUUUCACUGAAAGAUGCUGGGAUCUUUUGGACGCUUCUGAUGAUUACAUCCUUUUUGUUUCAAGCUGGUGACACGGUGUUGAAGGAAAUUAUUUUCUUGGAUGCUCGUAAACAAUUAAAGGGAGGUUCUGUAGAUCUUUUUGUUGUGAAUUCUUAUGGAUCUGCUUUCCAAGCACUGUUUAUAUGCCUUUUGCUACCUUUUCUAUCGAAGUUAUGGGGUGUUCCUUUCCAUCAACUGCCAAGCUAUCUUAAAGAUGGGGCAGCAUGUUUCCUAAACAUCGGUACUUUAUCAAAUGGAUGCGAAGGGGCACCGUUGCUGCCAUUGCUGUUUGUAAUUGUUAAUAUGGGCUUCAACAUAUCACUGCUACACCUUCUGAAGAUCUCUUCUGCUGUGGUUUCUUGCCUUGCAUCCACUUUUUCAGUUCCUCUCUCCGUCUACGCCUUCACACUCCCUCUCCCCUACAUCGGUGUUGCCUCUUCUCUCCCCGCUGGCUUCGUCACUGGUGUAGCCGUUCUUGUCUCCGGCCUCCUCUUCUACUGUUGGUCUCCCUCCUCCACAACCACCACCACCGCCGCCGCCACCACCACCACCAUGUCCACCUCCCUUGACCGUCCUCAUCAUGCCUAGUCUCUAACGAUCACAGCCCCC